AAGUUACGCGAUAGCCUUCUAUUUCCUUUAGAGCGGGGAUUGGGACGUAUGAAGAAAGCCGCAACGUCACAAAAUGAAAAAACAAACAGAUACAGUUAACUAACUAAAAAAAAAAAAGGUUCAAGGAUUCGAUGCUGAUGCUGUCUAGCGAAGAUAAGAAUUAAGAGUCUGGAAGGAGGGAUGCACUUUCCAGCGUCACGUCCCUUUGAGAGAUGGGUGGAGUUUGCUCUGUUGUAACAGUGAUUGAAGACGAUGGCUAGAAGAGUGUGGAGCUGCUUCUCCAGCAUCUCCACUGCUGUUCUCUAUGGCUCCCUCUCUCUGUUCGUUUCUAUUCUGCACAACGUUUUCCUGCUUUACUACGUGGACACCUUCGUGUCCGUCUACAAGAUUGAUAAAGUCUCCUUCUGGGUUGGGGAGACAGUGUUUCUCAUAUGGAACAGCUUGAACGACCCUCUCUUUGGCUGGAUCAGUGAUCGCGCCUUCCUCGGCUCUCAGCACGCAGGGGUUCGGAUCUCAAACCCACAGGUGGUUCUGAAGAGGCUGCAGGCUCUGUCCCGGACUGGCCCCCUGUUUGCACUCUCCUUCCUGGCGUUCUGGGUGUCCUGGGCCAGACCUGGGUUGCAGUUCCUUGUCUGCCUGUGUCUCUACGAUGGCUUCCUCACCGUGGUGGACCUAAACCACAAUGCCUUGCUGGCGGACCUGGCUGUGUCGGCUAGCGAGAGGACUCGGCUGAACUUCCAGUGCUCGCUGUUCAGCGCCCUGGGCUCCCUGUCCGUCUUCAUGUCCUACUCCUUCUGGGACAAGGAGGACUUCUUCUCCUUCAGAAUGUUCUGUGUGGCGCUGGCUGCCCUCUCCAUCCUGGGCUUCAGCGUGGCCUGCUGGCUCCUGCAGCAGAGGUUUCAGGGCAGAGCCAGGCGAGACGAGGAGGAGGACUCUGUCCUGAAAGAGCUGUGUGUUGGACAGGCCCCUCUUGCUCAGGAGAAGGAGCUGACUCUGGGGCAGUACCUGAAGCAGCUCUCCAAACACACAAACUUCCUCUGGUUUGCCUCCAUGAACCUCGUCCAGGUGUUUCACUGCCACUUCAAUAGCAAUUUCUUCCCACUGUUCCUGGAGCAUCUCCUUUCGGACCGAAUCUCAGCCUCCACAGGAUCCUUUCUGCUCGGAUUCUCUUACAUCGCCCCCCACCUGAAUAACCUCUACUUCCUGUCCCUGUGUGGCCGCUAUGGGGUCUACACUGUGGUUCGCUGGCUGUUCUUUCUCAAACUCAUCCUCAGUGUCAUCAUGCUGCUGGCAGGACCAGACCAGAUCUACUUGCUGUGUAUAUUUAUAGCCAGUAAUCGUGUGUUCACUGAGGGGACCUGCAAGCUCUUGAACCUGGUGAUCAGUGACCUGGUUGAUGAGGAUCUUGUGAUGAACCGUCGGCAGCAGGCAGCCUCCGCGCUGCUGUUCGGCAUGGUCGCCUUGGUAACCAAGCCGGGACAGACCUUUGCACCGCUCAUCGGGACCUGGCUGCUGUGUGUGUACACAGGAUAUGACAUUUUCCAGCGAGACCCUUUGCAGGAAGUGGUCCGCACCCAGGAGCUGUGGAACCCUGCCUGGUUCAGCACUCUGCGGCACGGCUGCUUCCACCUGCUGGUCUUCAUUCCCAUCACCUGUGCCUUCCUGCAGCUGCUGGCCUGGUCCCAGUUCUCACUGCACGGCAAGCGCCUGCAGAGCAUAAAGCUACAGAGGCAGAGUGCUUCACAGGAACUUCCCAUCGAUGUGAAAGAUAUCUGAUGAAAAAAUGCCAAAGCUGGAGAGGCACUGCGCGUGCAAACCAAACCUGCCUUAUUUUGAUAGAAUAAACAUUCCAUUCCAGUUCAAUUUAAAUAUGGUCCACAGACUAUGGACCAAAAAAUGGUUUUAUUUAAGAUUGGAUGUUUUUAAGGUGUAAAAAGAGCAUGUGUUUGUCCAUGUAUGUGUCUGGAUUGUGCUGCUGUCCGAGUGCAAGUCAGUUGAGCAGCACCACCUCUUUGAUUGAACGGCUGUUACACCCCGUCCACGUUGUGUAAGUUACAGCCGUUUGCGAAUACAUGCAAUUACAUUAGUGUGCCAAAACUAACUUUCUAGAUUUUUAAAAAUGAAUUUUUUUUACACAUUUUUAAAAUUAACUGAAGAUCAUAGAAGAGCACACACAUAUGUAAACCAGUGUAUGAAACGUGUGUAUAUAGAUAGAUCUUUCUGUCUAUCUCUCUACACACCUGUUUAUGUUAACAAACUUACCCUAAAACCUCAAUGUCUGGAUAAACAUGUUUGUAUAACAUUUUAUUACAUUCAUAUUAAAAAGGGUAAAAAAAUUAUUUGAAACCAG